AUGACUGAUGCUGUAUGGUCGUCAAAAUCUCAUGAACGUCAGCGCGACCAUCACUAUCCGGCAGUAUUUCUGAGCCUCGCACUUGCCACAUUAGUGAUCUCUCUCAUUCGGGCUGAUUAUUUCUUUUUCUUGUUAUUACGCGGCGCAACAGCCCUCCAUAAUGGCAUGUUAAGUGGCGUAUUAUACAGUUCACUAAGAUUUCAUGAAAGUAACCCAGUUGGUCGCAUUCUCAACAGAUUUAGCAAAGAUCAACAAGUUAUUGAUGAACUAUUGCCUCAGGCAUUUUUUGACAGUGCCCAGUCUUUGAUUAUGACUCUAGGUGCUGUCGUUAUUCUCGGCAUUAUUAAUCCAUGGGUAUUGUUCAUAUUAGUUCCGCUCGUACCCUCAUUUAUCUGGAUCAGACGAUUCUUUUUGAAAUCAAGUAGACAAAUUAAACGUUUGGAUAGCGUCACAAGAAGUCCUAUAUAUGCUCUAUUUUCGUCAUCACUUAGUGGACUGGUAACAAUACGUGCGUUUAAAACUGAAGACAAUUUGAUUAAUUCGUUUAUCGAAAGAAUUGAUGCAAAUACGAGAGCUUGGUUUGAGUUGAAUGCAGGUGUAAGAUGGUUCGGACUGAGACUGGAUUUAAUGACAAGUGCACUAACAACUUUAAUGGCAAUACUCACAGUUGCUCUACGCCAUCAAAUUGAUGCCUCUUCGGCGGCGUUAGGCUUAAUGUACUGUAUUACUUUGUCAUCAAUGUUUCAGUGGGCGGUAAGGCAAUCGGCUGAAAUGGAAAAUCACAUGACAAGUGCUGAGAGAAUAUGCGAGUAUUCUCGUCUGCCGCCCGAACCUGAUUUCUACAAUGCAAAACAGAAGCCGCCGUCUGAAUGGCCAACGAAAGGAAAAAUCGAAUUUAAGAACUAUAAAUUUCGUUAUCGUGCUGAGCUUGAACCGGUAUUGAAAGGCAUCAAUCUCGAUAUUGAACCAUGUGAUAAAGUGGGCAUUUGUGGGAGAACAGGGGCUGGAAAAUCGUCUAUUUUUCAAGCUCUUUUUCGACUAGUCGACAAAUCAGCGACAGAAGGUCAAAUAUGUAUUGACGAUAUUGAUAUUAAUACAAUUAGUCUAAGCGAUCUACGUUUCCAUUUGAAUAUUAUUCCACAGUCGCCCGUUCUAUUCAGUAAUACUCUAAGGUAUAAUCUUGAUCCAUUCAGCAAACACUCAGACGAAGAAUUGUGGAUAGCACUGACGAUGGUUCAAUUGCAGGAUAAAAUGUCAGAAAUACCUGAUGGACUAAGCACACAAAUAGCUGAAUAUGGAAGUAAUUUUAGUGUAGGUGAAUGUCAGUUGAUAUGUGUAGCUCGAGCUCUGUUAAAACCAAGCAAAAUUUUGUUGAUUGACGAGGCAACAGCUAACAUUGACAUGCAUACCGAUAAAUUAAUUCAACAAGUUAUUCGAGAGAAAUUCAGUACACAAACAGUACUGACAAUUGCACAUCGUCUAGAUACAAUCCAACAUAGUGAUAAAAUUGUGUUGAUUAGUGACGGUUUGGUUAAAGCGUAUGGGAAACCAGCAGAUGUUUUGGAUGAUACAAAAAUGACCGAUAUUGACUUAGACGACGUUGAUGACAUGGAGAAAGGUGCGUUGUGA